AUGCAAGGGUGUCUAAAGAAGAAGAUAAGGGGAAAUGAGUAGUAGCAUUUGGGCUGGUGUUGGUCCUUCAAGCAUGGCGGAAGUGAAGCAACAGCACUCCGUCCUCCUCCGUCGGGGUCUCUCUUCCGACAACCACGCCAUGUCACGCAUCUUCACCUUCUGCUCCCUCUCCAACCACGGCGACAUAAACUACGCUCUCAAACUCUUGGCCACUCUCCCCAACCCCGACACCUUCCUCUACAACACUCUCUUCAAAGCCUUCAACACCUCUCCCUCUCUCUCACUCUCCCUCUACUCCCACAUGCUCCAACGCUCCCUCCUCCCCAACGCCUUCACCUUCCCCCCUCUCCUCAAAUCCUCCUCCAACCUCCACCAAACCAAGCAGCUUCACGCUCACAUAAUCAAAUUCGGCUUCGCCUCCCACAUCGCCGCGCUCAACAACCUCGUCCACGUCUACUUCUUAUUUGGCUCCUUCCACGAUGCUCGGAGAGUCUUCCACACCAUUUCUCAUCCCGAUGUCGUGUCUUGGACCACCCUCGUUUCGGGCUAUUCUCUCUGGGGACACGUGGACGAGGCUUUUCGCCUCUUUCAACUCAUGCCUUGCAAGAAUUCCGUCUCCUGGAACGCUAUGAUUUCGUGUUUUGUUAAGAACAACCGUUUUCCUGAGGCGUUUGAGUUGUUUAGGAGAAUGAGAGAGGAGGGGGUGGAGAUGGAUAGGUUCGUGGCGGCUACCAUGCUCUCUGCGUGCACGGGAGUGGGAGCAUUGGAGCAAGGGAAGUGGAUACAUGGUUAUGUUGAGAAAGCUGGGAUUGUGUUGGACUCAAAGCUUGGUGCUACUAUCGUUGACAUGUAUUGCAAGUGUGGCUGUUUGGAUGAGGCUUUUCGUGUGUUUUGUGGGUUGAAAGUCAAAGGACUUUCUUCAUGGAAUUGCAUGAUUGGAGGGUUUGCCAUGCAUGGCAAAGGAAAGGAUGCUAUCAGCCUUUUUAGUUUGAUGGAGGAGGAAGCUAUGGUUGUGCCUGAUGGUAUCACUUUUGUGAAUGUACUCGCUGCUUGUGCUCAUUCAGGUUUGGUUGAGGAAGGGAGAUAUUACUUUCGUUACAUGGUGGAUGUUCGUGGCGUUGAGCCUGCCAUGGAGCAUUAUGGUUGCAUGGUUGAUUUGCUUGCAAGAGCUGGAAGGUUAGAGGAAGCAAAAAAGGUGGUGGAGGAAAUGCCUAUGAGUCCUGAUGCUUCUGUGUUGGGUGCACUUCUUGGAGCUUGUAGAAUCCAUGGGAAUUUUGAGUUAGGGGAGGAGGUGGGAAAGAGAGUGAUUGAGCUAGAUCCUGGGAAUAGUGGGCGUUAUGUGAUGCUAGGUAACAUCUAUGCUAGUUCUGGAAAAUGGGAACAAGUUGCUAGUGUGAGGAAGUGGAUGGAUGAGAGGGGAGUGAAGAAGGAACCGGGCUUUUCCAUCAUUGAAAUGGAGGGUGUGGUCAAUGAAUUUGUUGCUGGUGGGAGGGAUCAUCCUCUGGCUGAGACCAUAUAUGACAAGGUUUAUGAGAUGUUGGAAUCAAUUAGGGUGGUUGGUUAUGUUCCUGAUACAGAUGAUGUGUUGCAUGAUCUUGUUGAGGAGGAAAGGGAGAAUCCCCUGUUCUACCAUAGUGAGAAACUUGCAAUUGCUUAUGGUUUGUUGAAGACUAAACGAGGAGAGACCCUUCGUGUCACAAAAAAUCUAAGGGUUUGUAAAGAUUGUCAUCAAGCAAGUAAACUGAUUUCCAAGGUUUAUGGUUGUGAUAUAAUAAUAAGGGACAGGAACCGUUUCCAUCAAUUUAGUAAUGGAGAGUGUUCUUGUAAAGACUACUGGUAAUUACAAUUGUGAUUGGUUACCAAAUUUUUUUCUUCUUUUUUUAAUGUAUAAAAUCCUGUAAUCUCACGUGAAUCUAGAAGCAGCAUGCUUAAUAUAUGUCUAUGGAUCUAAUCAUAAGCCAUAAAAAUAUGUAUAUCUGCUGAAUAAUAAAACAUUCACAGUGAAUUGUAUUCGGGCACCAUAUCAGUAGCAACCAGCUUCCAUUGAUUAUUGUCUCUUCAAUAUUUAAAUACAUAGAGAACUAAAGCAAGAUGAAGAUUGUGCUAUAGACCAGUAAUGUUACAGGUUCGGAGUCUAAGUGUCUCCCUUGGAUUGAGUAAUGGGUUUGGGCACGUGAGAUGUGACAUUCCUUUCAUUUUUAGUUAAAACAAUUGUCUUGAAAUUGAUUUAUAUAAUUUUUUUACAUGUCUUAUAUUUAAUAUUUUUCUUUUGUUUUUCUUUCAUCUUUUUAAGCAUAAAAUUUGCAAGUAAGAAGCUUGCACACCUGUAUCUUAAUUUUGUUUAUUCACUUCAGCAACUGUUUAGCAUAACAGCCUAAGAAAUGUUGAGCCUUUCUAACUUCUAAAUUAUGAAAAUGUAAAGUUAUAUAAGUUAACUGCAUAGAGAACCAAAGGAGAAUGAAGAGAGUGCUUUCGACCAGUAAUCUUAUCCAUAAUUGAAUAUUAAGAGAAUUGAUGAUUUUUGGAAUGUGGAGGUGUAAUAACUCGUGAUCUUCUCUUAAGACCCGCAUUCUUCAAUUUCCCACACUGUUUUAUCAUUCAAAUUUAAUGCAUCAUCAGGUGGUGGAGUAUUGAAUAGGAAAGAACUCUUGAAACUUCUAAAGAUUUUGAGAGGGAACCCUAAGUUACAGCAGAGUAACAAAAUUUCUUUGAACUUCCGUGGCAACCACACAAAAUUGGUGUCUUUUCUAAUUUACUAUUAGUCAAAAUGAUUAGGCCUAUGCUGCAACAAAAUUAAAACGAGACAGUGUGAUUAUAUUGUAUUGCGCUUCCGUGAUCCAACAUUGAAACAAAGAACAAGAUUUCAUUGAGUGUAAGACAGAAAGGCUUGAAAGCACCAGUUAGAAGUCCCACAUUGCUGCGAAGAGGCAACAGCUACUUGAAGUUAUGUCAUAAAAGAAAUGUUGCAAGAUGAGCAUACUCAUACCUUUCUCGGCCUUUUGGCUAAGAUCAAGUGUAGUAUCUGUUCUUAUCAGUUUAAUAUCUGAUAUGUGGGCCAUUGGUCCACACGAUAUUAAAUUACUUUUUUGAAGGGGAGAGUCCAUCACAGUAGCUUGCUAUUGGGUCUCUCAGGUGUCGCCCUUGUGUUGCACUAUUGCAUGGGCCUGGCACACCCUACUUUACAGUCUCAAACAUUAGUUCUUUUAGUUGGGCCUAGUUCUUUUAGUUGGGCCUAGCACACCCUACUUUGCAGUUUCAAGCAUCUGUGCUUGUAGUUGGGUGUUGGGCCAAUGAAACUCCUGCAGAGUUAUCUAUUUGUAAUAAGUCUUUGUAAUAUUCUUUGGAUUGAAAAUAUUUUACUUGCAUAAUAUUUUAAGUGUACCUUUUAA